CAAUAGCAGCAGCAGCAGCCAUUGAAACUCCCAAGCCUCUCUGCUUUCUUAAACACCCUCGAGCUCUUCUUCAUCACCUUGACGACAAAAGUUGCCAUCUCCGAGUCAGCCAGAAGAAAAACCGACGUCGUUUUUCCUGCAGGGAGUGAUUCUUGAUCGGGCAAUCUCUUUAGCUGAGGCACAUAUAGAAAGCUUGAAUCGGUGGCUUGCGCGAUCUUUUCUAUACAUACCUGGUUUAUAGUGCAGCGUGUGUGUCCUCAGGAACAGAUUUAUUGGGUUUCCUUCUUUCACCUCAAAUCGAUUUGCCAGGAAAAUCCAGAGAACCUGCCUCGAGUAAAAUCUUCCCCCCCAACAAUCUCCCUUUUCUGCUCUUAGAUCCUCUGUUUAUAUUGAGGGUCUCUCUCUGUUCUUAUAUCACUCCCACUUAUUCCGAUCAACGAGUCUGAGAUUCACUAGCCCUCCUGCAUCUUCUUCUUCUUCUUCUUUCGCCUUUUCUCUUGUUGGGUAUUUCUGGGUGCUUUUCGAAUCCAUAGAUGCGAGUUUUGAGAAUCUAAGACUCAGUGAGUGACUACCAAAGAGAAGGAAAGAUGGACGGCUGUUUCUUGAGUCCAGUUAAGUACACCGAGCACCGAACGGUCACGAAGAAGCUGACCAGAGCCGUGCGCAAGAACAACGCUCCCGAGCCGACCAGGAUCGUGCGGAUAUCCGUCACCGACCCGGACGCCACGGACUCCGACAGUGACGAUGAAGUGGGUGAGCCCUUCUUCCUCCCACGCCGGCGCGUCAAGCGCUACGUGCACGAGAUCAACGUCGAGCCGGCCUCGCGUAGCGUGCAGGCCGCCUCGAUCGCUCGCAAGAGGCCGAGCCUUGUGCAGCCCCACGCCCCGAAGAGGCCGCUGAAGGCGGCGGCUAUGGAGAUGGUGACGGGCUCCGGGAGGAAGUUCCGGGGCGUGAGGCAGCGCCCGUGGGGGAAGUGGGCCGCGGAGAUUCGAGACCCGGCGCGUCGGGUGCGGCUGUGGUUGGGGACCUACGACACGGCCGAGGAGGCCGCGAUGGUCUACGACAACGCCGCAAUCAAGCUGCGUGGACCCGACGCGCUCACCAACUUCGUCACCCCACUGAAAGAAAUGGCCGUCGAGGAGGAUGACGCCGCCCUCAUCGAAGAGGUGGCUGUUGUGGCCGCCGAGGACAACAUCACCACCGCGGCGUGCGGCUACGACUCCGGCGACGAGUCGCGCAACCUCUCAUCUCCGAAGUCGGUCCUCCACUUCCGGACACAGUCCGGGGAGGAGGCCGAGCCAGCCGGACCGGUCCGACAAGUUGAACCCGCAGAACCGGUUCUGGAGCAGCCCGAGGUGUCCAAGUCAGCGAAGGAGGAGGUCCGGGAGUGCCAGGGAGAGACGGGCGAGUUCGUGCACAUGGACUUGCCAUUCCUCGACGAGUUCCUCAACUUCGAACCGCCGGAGUCGACGCUGUUCGACGAGACGACGAUAGGGACGUUCUCGGACCGGCUGUUGGAGGAGGAUUUCAUGAGCGACAUCUUCGUCGACCAGCCGGAGGAUUUCGGGUCGUUGUCCCCUAUGGACAUGUGUCAGGCGGACGAUUUUUUUCAAGACAUCGGAGAUUUGUUCCCAUCGGAUCCUCUCGCGGCCCUUUGAAAGUUGGAAAGUUCUGAUUUUUUUCAGAGAGAGAGAGAGAGAGAGAACUGUCGCUGUUGGCUGGCAGAUUUUCCGGCAGUCUUUGUACCGGCGGCGAUGAAACGUCGGCUAGUUUUUUGGAGUAGCUCUCUUAAUUAAAUUAUCUAUUUUGUUUAGAUUUUGAUUAGAGAACAUAU